AUGUCUCCGUCCAGUUCCCAGAAAGAAACACCUCCAGCUACGACCAAACGAGAUGAUGUCGACUCUCCGCAUGCUGAAGAUGGGGAAGUCAGCGAUCAUAUCACGUUGCGCUCCCCUUCAUUACACCCUGAGUCGGAUGAGGCAAAAGUGGCCCACCCUCCCUCGCCUACCGACGAACACCCUCCACCAUUACCCGAUGAGGCGCCUCCUGGGGAACCCGUCGACGAUGGAUGGGAACCGAUCUGGGACGACCGAGCUCAAGCCUUCUACUUCUUCAACCGAUUUACAAAUGUGUCUCAGUGGGAAAAUCCAAGGGCACCAGACGCACAACAGGCUGAUGCUCCAGGCGCGGGUCAGGACAUACCUGCGAGACGGGCUGGAGGCUACGAUCCCGCCAUCCAUGGCGACUACGAUCCCAAUGCCGACUAUGCCAAGGCUUAUGAAAUCCCGUCGCAGAUCGAGGCGGCGGGUGGGCCACCAGGGAUAGAUCCAGCUGAGGCAUACGCUGCCACGGCGGCCUUCAAUCGAUUUACAGGUAAAUGGCAGCGCGCCGAUCUGAACCCAGAUAAUUUCAGCGAUGAGCAGAAGAGCCGACGGCAGAUGAAUGCUUUCUUUGACGUGGAUGCGGCUGCAAACAGUCACGAUGGGAGGAGCCUUCGGGCCGAACGGGCGAGUAAGAAGCUGACCAAGGCGGAGUUGAAAGCGUUUAAGGAGAAGCGAAGAGAAAAGAAGGAAGAGAAACGACGGGCUUGGUUAAGAGACUGA